AUGACACUGGAAGCUGUUCGCAUCUCGCAUCUGUUCAUUGCUAUAAUUUGGCUUGGUAUACAAGGCUACGGCGAUGGAAUAAAUACCGACCGCAAAAGUUUAGAUGGUAAUAACGCGACUACAACAAAGUCCAGUGAACUACAAAAGGAUUUGGUGGCAAACACAACCAAGGAAGAUGAUUACAAUGGCACAUUGGGUACGACACUCUGGUUAUUAGCAUCUUUCAUUUUUUACUUUUGAAUUAAGUACCAUUUACCAUUACCUGACUACUUAGCAGACUGAACACUCGGAACACUUUUGACAAAAAUCUUUGGCCAGCUUAAAUGAAUUAUACAAUUUGAGACGAAAAUCUAGAGUAUAUUUACCUUUUUCACUUUACGAAAGCACGCGCGUGUCGCGAAACACUUAAUGAAUGUUUCAUAAACGUGUCAGCUUCUCAUGAAAAAAAAAAUGCAUGAGUUAUACACAAGACUUUAGACUGAUAACAUCAAGUUCGUACAAAACACAAAGUACAUUUACCAUAAUCUAAAAGCCGCAUUACAGGUUGAAACUGAUUUGCCUAAAAGGAAAAGGAAUUAUUUGCGGAAUUCAAUCUAAACUCUUAUCUCGAACAACAACUUACAAUAACGGAAUCGCUUAAGCUGCUAUUCAAAACAACAAAGCGGCGUUUAAACCUUUCGAUUUUUGAAAUUACUCAAAUAAUAGCCCGCAGAAGCUUUUUAGUAAAUUGACGAAACAGAAUUCAAUUGAUUUCCCGAGGCAAUUAAUAGUCCUCAGACUACUGAAAGGAUACAUAAAUUAUCCCGAGCCACAGAGAAUAAUGAAACAUCUCUUUGCUAUAUUAUUUAUUUGCCCUUAAAGCUAUGUUUUCGUUAUUCAUUCUUUGAGAACUCAUAAAAAAAAUCAAAUUUUUACAAUAACGCAUUUUUCCCGUACCAGAAAGAUAUAUCUUCUUCAGCGAUUUUCCCUUUUAAUUUUAUUUGAAAAUUUGAUAAUGUUGUUUAGAACAUGACCUCGAACUGGAUCGAUUGGGUUUUAAAAAGUAAAAGAUGCAGUUUCUUUUCUUUCUCGGACAAAUUACAUUACAAUUCACCAAUUUCAGUAAAAUGAUAUUUUCCAUGCUACUUCCUGUUUUCGACUCUAUGGAGAAUACUCAGUGCAAAGGGUUCCUCAAUAUUUGCGGUUGCUGUAUCAGUUGGUUGAAAGAAAACAUUCAUUUACUUGGAUAAAUAUCACAAACUCGUUUGGAUGGGAUUUUCAAUAAUCCAGAUUCACUCAGGAAGCCUGCGUAGUAGUAUUCUCUGUUUCCUUUACACCUGAGUCGUGCUAAGGCAGAGGGCGGAGUGAAGAAAAAAAAAUUACGUCGGGGAUAAGAAUAGCAAUAAUAUAUCAUUUACGAGACAUCUUAAGCGUAGGCUUCGAAAAGGGGGUAGGUGAUUGGUUCUUAAUUUAAAAAUGGUAUGCUAAUCUUACAAUAUCUGACACCGCGAAACCCCUUUUUAACUCGUAAAAUGGCUGGAGGCCAUUUAAAAAUUGUUGUUAUGACCCAAAAUUCACUCCCUCUAUCCACUAAUCCAUUACUCCGUCAUUUCUUCCUUCACUUCCUGUUAACUUUUUGGUAAGACCGCUGACUAGCGCAUAAGACUUUUGUAUGUUUAGUUCCUGCGUGAGACUUAACAGAUCGCUAAGAAUUGGUCAAAAUUUUUAAUAGUCUGUAUAGAAACAACGCAUAUUUAAUUGACAGCCGAGAUCUAAGAUCUAUUCGGUUAUUUUACUGAUGGAUAACAAACAGGCUUAAAUUAGACUGUGUGCAUGAAGUACUUGGUUUUACAAAGAGCGACGAUUAUUUACAAAGUGCGACAAAAACUGGUGCCCAUUUUGUAAUGUAAAGAUAGUAUUGAUUUCAAGUUUAGCCAUCUAAGAAUGCGUAGGCAAUGCUUCACGAUCUGCUUUUAGUGACUUUGGCGCCUUUCUUAGAAAUUAUGUUCAUAUAUGUAAAUUGACUAUGGUCAGCUGCUUGAAAAAUUUCCAACGAACUAGAUAUCAUUUUCGGAAUUCCCUCCAUUAGAAAUUUUUCUCAGGGAAACUUCGUUUGUUUUUCAAUUUUAAUUGGCAUUGAAUGCUGUAAGACUGUUGAAGUGAAAUGGUUAUAUCGCAUGUUUUUUUGCCCUACUAUGUUUCGACUUAAAUGUACUUCGGAAAUGUCUUCUACGUGCGCUAAUGUCCACCUCUAGGCCCCAUACUUCAUGAUAAGUGAGCGACAAAACAUGUUUCUUGUGGGGCAUAUAUGAGCCUGUGUUUUUUAGUAAGUUGUGACUGUUCGAAUCUGUUUAAAUAAGUCGCUUUCUUAGAAAAUGUUUACCAAAUAUUUGCGGUUUGGCGUUUAUCGGUAGAGAAAUCGCCUUAAGUACAUUGAAAACCCUUAGGGUCGAUGAGAAAAGAAAUGCCUUCAUCCAUGUAAAAUUGUGUAAAGUACAAUGAAAGUCAUAUUGAGUUGCGAGAAACAUGUCUACGUAAAUCAUGUAAACCGAGUAAAGACUCUAACAUACCUUUUCUCCUAUUAAUUUCUGGGGUUCAUACAAAAGCAGCCAAGAGUCAUUUUUGAGUCAUCGGUACAAAUAUAUCCAGAAAGACAAGACACGGUCAAAAUCGUGGACACCCUUAAGCUCUCAGUAAAUAAUACUUUCCGAAAAAGUCUAUAAAACGCAUCUUAAGUGCCUAGCCAACUUCCCCAUCAUAUAUUUUAUAUCCUGUUUUUGACAAAAAAAAAUUAUAUCUUUUCGACAAAUAUCAUGGUGACAAAGAGUUUUCACCAGCCCUAAUUGCAGCAGGUAAUUAUUGAUUGGAUGGUGUUAAUUUUCACGGGCGGCAAAAUGAUGUAAUUGCCUGCCACCUUGUUAGGAUUAGAAUACAAACGCUUGAACCAUGUUUUCGCACAUCAAAGUCGCAAGAAUGAGAGACGCGAAGAACAAAGAAGUCAUAUUACUGAUUCUCUACUUAAGCCGUCAUUAAUCGCGGAUUGUCAUUGGUUUAUUCUUAUCCUUAUACUAAUGAUUCUCAUAAUCUUUUUUCCACAAGACCAUAAACGAAGAGGUCGUAAGUGGAGUAGUAAAGGGAUUUUAUUUGAGAGAGAGCAUCUUUCCUUGCUUGUGAUUAACCUGAAUUCAACUGCAAUACAAUUACUAAUGAUUACCAUGUCUGACACACUCAAAAGAAGCGGUGUUAGAAUCAGUAAUGUUAAUCAUGCACCAUACCUUUCAGGCAGUUUUUUUCUUCUCCUCUUGCGGUCCAACAUACUCAUUUAGAUCAAUCUGUCCUGGUGUUGAACCCCAAUAGCUCUGAAAGAAAGAUGAUACACGUAUCAUAGAACGCGAGAAAACCACAAUGCGGCUGUAACAACACGAUUCUUUUUUAGGAUGAGGGAAUACGUUAUAUUUAGAAAAGAGAUCGAAAUUAGCGUUAACUGGUUCGUUUGAAACCACAAAGGUAUCAGCACUUCAUAAAUUCUUUACGAGAAUCUCUGGCACCGCUGAGAGUUGCGUAAGGAAGAACAGCAGUGUCCAAGAAAUAUAAAAACAUAGAUCAUUGUUUCCCGGGCAGACUUUCCUAAGAGAUCUCUUGAACGACGCGUCCAUGGCGUCAUUAUUUUAUUAUUCGUGCGAUCACUUCUAUAGGAUGUUUAUACCAUGACGUCACUCGUGUGGCUUUUCCAUUUAUUUGCAUCAAUAUUCUGAGUCUAAUUAAGGUUGAUCUGGCGUGGUAAAAUUAAUUAUCAGUCAGUCUAAAUUUCAAAUGGAUUUUCGACUCGAGGAAAACAAUUUUACUGGUCUUAGGAUUUAAGUUUAAACUUUUUGGAGACGUAAUACAUUGGCCUUUGAGUGUAAUUUGCCGCAUUUCUUCGUCCCAGUCGAGAUGUAUAGCGGUCACUUGACGAUUCUCCACGGUUUGCUUUUAAUUACCUCCACAACAAUUGUAGGUAGGUUAGGGUAUUCAACUAUUUCAUAAUCCUACAACGUAUUACAUUCUUCUUUGUUCUGGCGAAAGUAGUGACUCAUUUAAAACAUAACAGAUAUUCGUCAGUGCUCCGAGGGCAAAUGUGUGCUGUUAUUAAAGUAACAUUAUAAUUUUAACCACAAGAUCAGUGUUCACUAAAUAUUCACUAAAUUUAUUCAAGAAAUACUCUUUUUUUCAUUUAACCAUUACCUCCUGCUGUUUUCAUGUAGUGAAGCUGAGUUACAAAUUCUAAUUCUACAUUGUAGUUGAAAGUAAGUUCCCGGUUUAAAAUGAAAAACCAACAAUUUGUGAAGGUCUUAAUUUUCACCUGAAAUAAGAAAGGCUGUAACUUCCCUCUUAGUAUCUGUUUGUUUGUUCGAGUUUCUCAGCCAUCCAGCUGCGAUGCUUUCGACAGUCCUUUCUAGAACAUUCGAUUUACUUAAUCCAGAGAGUAUAGAAAUUGGUCUUCGCGUUGUUUUCGUUCAGGGUGGUUACCUACGCAACUUUCAGUGGCAUGAGGUCGCAUUUUAAUUGAUAACUUUUUUAUGCUAAGUAAUUUUUUCCCCGCAACUAAUUGAAGACUGAAAAUUUCUUUAAAAAAUCCGCUGGAUUAUCUUUCCAAUUUAACUAGAAGCUUUCCAACACGUUUAUGUUCAAGUUAAAGCAUAGCGAUUUAUUCUACCAUGAAACGGGCCUUAAAUACUGGCAGAACUAAAUCAUCAACGUCUUAUCAAGAAACCAGGCAACAGCCUCUUUUUUUUUUUUCAAUAAUUUCACUCCAUUUCAAUCGAUUAGAGUGAAAAUGCAAAUGAAAAAGGAAUGCAUUUUCAUUUUAAGAUUAAACGCUAUCUAGAUUUAUAGAGUGGGAGACUGGAUUAAAUAAAGUAAAAUAAGUCCAAAGGACUUUGAAAUAAGCAAGCCAGCACUUGAUACACUCCUACACAACUUUUGUACACAUGUUCCUUUCGAGAAGAGUUCAUUGAGAGAUGUAUAAAGCUGAUAGUCUAGCCACAUGCUUACUCCUAUUGAAAAAAAAUAUAUAUAUAUAUGUAUGUAUAUAUAUAUAUAUGCAACAUUUUAGGGGUUCUCGAUGAUCAGAAAAGAAAGCAAUGUUGGUCAGUGCUCUCGACAAGAGUUCAAGCGUGACACGAGUUGACGUGACGUGACAUGAUAAUGACAUGAUUUGAAAAUGACGUAACGCAACUCGCACUAACCAAUAACUUUUAACUUAUUUUCGGUAUAGAUGCAAUCAAGAAAAGUGACGACGACGAACUUAGGCUGGUCAAAGAACUUUUUGAGAAUUACAGCCAGGAAGUCAGACCAGUAAAAAACAAGAACGCUGCUAUCAAAGUUAUCUUUGGUAUUGCCUACACUCAGCUCGUCGAACUGGUAAGUAAUGUUAAGUGGUUUACCUUAUCUCCUCAAUAAGCGCCAACGCUCUAACAAGCGCCCUACCACGCACUAAUAAGCGCCUACCCCCUUGGCCAAAUUGUCAAACAGGCGCCUCUCUCGAAUAAGUGCCUAGCCUCCUUCCUCGCUUUCUUAAAAGACCAUGCUCAACCAGUAUGCUUUGUGCGCCGAUGCUGUUAUUAUUCGGGGAACGCUGUACUGUUUUUAACAAACCAACGGAACUGCCAUAGCUUUUGCCAAUAUUUUCACGGCAAAAAAGAGGUGUUAUCAACUAGAGCACAACUAAACCGCUAGUUUGGAAGAGGUAUUUUGACGACGUUUUCUGUCUGUAGAGCACAACCAAAUACAUCAUGGAAGAACUUGUAAGGUGAGCGCAAACAGCCACUACGAUACAAUCAAAUACACGGCUGAAAUAUCCGACUCAGAAAUUAUAUUCUUGGACACAAAAGAGUACAAAGGCGAGAGAUUUGACAGGGAAUCGACCCUUAACAUGCAAACGCAUUGCAAAAAGACAGAGAUCUUCCAAUACAUUAAUUCUUAUUUCUCCUCUACCAGGUGUACAAAUUCGACAAGCUCUAUGCUUGACAAAAACUUAGUUUCAAACUACGCUAAAAGAAUGAAGAACUGAGAGAAAUAUAUCUCUGAAUUUAAUUUAAUCGAGAGAGAAAGGUCACUCGAAGGCUUAUCUUGCGAUAUCAAAUGUUGAAGGUAACGAGCUAUCGGGCACACCACGCUCGGCGGAAAGCACCACUGAAGACUCUCGAACUGUCUUUUCUUCUUCAUUUAAUUACUCAGUUCUCUACGCACAUCCAAGUUUACUUCAUUCUGUGCAAAAGAUACCUGUUUCUAUUACCGCUUUAUUUAUAAAUCUCAAGCUUCUCCUACUGCAGAAUUAGUACAGGAGGAUAAUAAGUGCCCUCCUUCCAAGUGUCCUCCUUCUUUAAUGAACGCCCGGACGCUUAUUCGAGGAAAAACGGUGCGCGUUCGCGAGUUUCAAAAGCAACCGUUUAACGACAGAAUCUCACUUUAAAAUUUGCGCGAAAAAGUGAUAUCGCGCAAUUUUCGAGGCGAUGAUUGGUUUUUAAGUGAAAUUUAACGCGGUAUCCAUGGUUCAGGUACUGAAUUUUCUCAGAGCUGCGCAACUAUCUGCAAAUACAAAAUCGCCUCACACGCGCUUUACAAACCAUUUAAACUGAAUCGACUGUAUAAAACGGUAAUAACACAAACGUGAGAGGAAACCGAGAUGAAAUUCACGCAGAUUUCGAUUGAAACAGUUUUUCCUUUAUAUCUCUUUUAUACAAGCUUGCGGAAUUUAACGGGUGGAGUAGUAUUCAAACAAAAAACUUCUCAAAGCCAUGGGCACUCUCUCCAGAACCUCGUAAACCCCUAACCCUAACACUAAGCCAAUAAGCUGUAAGUAUACCAUGGCAACCUUUUUCUGUAUCCCACAUACUUGCAUCCAACUUAGAAUUUUUAAGGAAUGAGAAAUUUACUGCUACAGACCGGUAUGUUGCCAUAAGCUACUAAGGAGGGUUAUACACAUAUGCCUCUUGGGUAGUUAUUACAUUUCACCUGGUAGAACUUUGUGCUAAUAUUUUCUUUUGACUUUGUUUAAUCACAGGAUGAAAAGAAUCAAGUCCUAGUGAGUAAUGUUUGGAUAAGACAAGUGAGUAAUUUAAUUCUAACGCUCUCUUCUUACUUAAACAAGAUUAAUUCAAUAAAAUAUCGAGUACCUUAACAUUGUUCGCUCUGUGGAAGAGAAAUUGAGCGCGGUACUUGCUUAAAUACUCAUUUUUAAAAGAGGCGUCUUGAAGAAAACGAAAAGUUGAGCAAUGACCCUAAUUUAAAAUCCUUCCAUGUCUAGCUUCCAUCCGGCAAAUCUCUUUUGAUAAAAAAAAAUCCAUCUAACGCUGACUAGUUACUUAAAAAAUUUCUGACAUUGCUCUUCUAAGGAAAAGUUUACUCGUUUUAAUUCAGUAUUUCUACUUUUUAUGACCAACAUUUCGUAGAAAUGGAACAAUCACUUGUUGCGCUGGAAUGCCUCUCAUUAUGGUGGUAUUAAGUCCAUCAACGUAGAUCCCAAAAUGGUGUGGCUUCCAGAUAUUGUGCUCUAUAACAAGUAAGUAAAAUUCUGCUUAACCAUACCAUUAUCAUGUAAUUUACACCUUGGUGAAAUGUUUAUCAGUUAAACAUAGAGGUUUUUGAAAGUUCUGCGCCCCAGGUAGACGACAGAUGUUUGGCGACCAAAAACAUUUUUGGUUAUCAAAAAUAUCUGGACACCAAAUAUAUGAUAAUGCUUGAAUUGAGUACGCACCCAAAACACAAGACUACACACGAAGUUGAAAAAACUUGCCUGUAAUUCAAUGCCUUCCAGUUCUUUUUCCGUCUUGUAUUUCUCUUAGCCCUGAGGCUAAAAGGGAAAAAUAGCAAUAGCAGCGAAAGUAGUUCGUUUUUGAAAUUUCUAAUUUUUUUCAUACGUAUUCUCUAGUGCGAAUACUGGAAUAACAAGCGGCAAUAUGGACCAGUUUAAAACGAAAGUGAUUCUGUCCAGCGAUGGUACUAACACCUGGUAAGUUGACAAUAAGACUACGUUAUUGGAAUACGAGUAUGGUAAAUCUGAGACCACGUCUACGCUUGCGUUUUCGUUUGAAAACGAAUACUUUCCGACUCGUUUUGGCCUUCCGUCCCAUACUAAAACGUUCGAAAACAAAACGAAUCCACUAAAAAACACUCUCAAAAGUGGAGACAUCUGAAAACGCAGGCAUAUCGUUUUACCGUGGACGGUCGAAAAUGGAGCCUUUUGAAGACGCACUAGUGUAGACGGAUCUGAGAAUUCAUCUGAGUGUAAAGAGAUGCUUAGGGUUAUUUCAUUUCAAACGAUUUUAUCGUUUGGACGUACGGUUUAAAAACAGGGAAAAUCGUUUUAGGAAUAUUUCCGGUUAUUCUUCAACUCAAGUAGGGGCAUACUAGGCCACGUGGUUUUUUUUUUUUUUUUUGCUAGUUGGGAACGAGAAAAAAUUUUCAAUAGAUAUGUAGGGACACUAAACCACGAAAGAUGGCAGACUGUAUUUAAAACAGACUCUUAGUUCAGCAAUCGCUCAUUAAUCCUCCUCCACUCUAAAUUACAUAUACCGCCAAGUAGGACUGGUUACUCUGGUUUCAUCGCCCAUUUCAUGUAGUUCUUAGGUAUUACCAAAGGAACAGUAUCUGCGAGACAAUGCAGAAGUCUUGUUACACAUGAACCUUAUAGACUAUGUGGCCUGACUCAACAACGAGUUAACUGCAGCCCAGUAGUUGGAGAGUCCAUCCGGGACAUCAGCAUAUUUGAGAUUAGAAACUUUACGAGAAGUCACCGAAUUUCUCUCUGCCUCCGUCCCUGAAAAUUUUUCACUCAUGAAUAGCGAAAAAAAUAAGGCACAGAAUAAAGAGGGUUAAAAAAAGUGACACCACAUGUAUGCUUUACGAUUUCAUAAGGUAUGCUCCAACAAUCUUGAGGAGUCGUUGCGCCAUUGACAUCAAAUUCUUUCCAUUUGACGACCAAAAAUGUGAUCUCCACUUCGGUUCAUGGACGUAUGACGGACUCCGUGUUGAUCUAUUGAACGCGAGCAAUUCUGUUGAUCUCGUCUCUUACAUGCCGAGUGGCGAGUUUGAAAUGGUAGAAGCUCCCGUCAAGAGGACUAUCGUCAAGUACAGGUAAGGUUGGCAAGUUUGUAUUAUGUGCAGAAUAGAGAGAUAAGAAUGAAACGCUGGCCAAUUAUUCAUAGAAACGUUAAAAGUAGCUGGUAAGUUAUCCCAAACAGUCGUCACCAAUAAUACUCACUCCGAGUCUCCCUUGAUCUAGGUUUGGUAUACAGGAGCCCGGCCGGGGAUUUUCCAUAUACCCAAGGAUGAUAUCCCUUGUAGUUCAAUGGGUAUUUGAAUGAUUUACUCAAGUCCACCUUUUUUAUAUUUUCAUGCACUUAGCUGUUGCCCAGAGCCAUAUCCAAAUGUGAUAUUCACACUACACAUCCGAAGAAAGGUGCUUUUUUACUUUAACAAUCUCAUCGUUCCCUGUUUCCUCAUAACCGCCUUUGCUCUCCUGACCUUCGUUUUACCACCCAACACCGGAGAGAGAGUUACACUCGUGAUCACCACAUUGCUAGCGAUGACUGUCUUUAUGCUGAUGAUUGCCGAGAACACCCCGACCACUUCAGACGUCACGCCUUUGAUCGGCAAAUUCUUCGUCGCCUCCAUGGUGGAGAUAGGACUAGCUCUGAUUGCUACGUGUUUCGUUCUUAACAUCUACGAAGCAACCGGACCGAGCUCUGAAGUGCCUCGCUGGGUGCGUGUCCUUCUAAUCGAUAUCCUGGCACCCAUUCUCCGAGUUACUCGACCCAAGGAGAAACCUCAGCGCAAAUUUCACGGCCCGGGCAAUCAGAAUAUUCACUCGUAUAGCCCGAUCAUGCCCGAACACAAUGGAAACAAUAUAGAAAUGGAUGGAAGUCCAAGGGAUGUACUCGUCAUCGCACCAAAGGUCGGCGAGAAGAUCCUGACCUCACGAGACUUCAUCAAUUCUGUAAACGACAAUAGUAUCAGACACAGAGUGCCUUCCUCGCAGGAAAAGCUCCUGGAAGGCAUCAACGUGCUCACCGAACGAGCCAAAGAACAGGAAAAAGAGGAAGAGAUUAAAGAAGAAUGGGAAUCAGUGGCCAAAGUUAUAGACCGCUUCUUUUUAUUACUUUUUAUUGCAACAGUGGCCAUAUCGACAGCGCUUAUCUUUUUACAGCGGCCAAGUUACGCCACGAUGUAA